CAUUCUUCUACGCGCAUCCAAACCCUAAGUUCUUUUGAGUGAGAGAGAGACUGAAUCAAGAUGACGACAACGACAAAGAACAAAUUGUCAGUGAGAAAAGAUAGAGUCUUCAAGAAACCUUCGUCUUCUUCGUACAAGGCGCGAGCGGCGACGGUUCUCAAGAAAGCGUUCGAGCUAUCAGAGCUUUGCGGUAUCGAUGUGUGCAUCAUCUGGUACGACCGCGAAGGGAACCUGGUGAUGACUUGGCCUGAGAAGGAAGAAGGCAAGGUUAGAGCCAUGGCGGAGAGAUACAGCAUGUUAAGCGAACAAGAAAGGGACAAGAAAAGCAACAACCUCUCAGGGUUUCUUAACAAGAAGAUGAUCCGCGACAAGAAGGAGUCUUUGAGCAAAAGGGAUAACAAAUUCUUCCAGCAAGUGUCGGAGCUCGAGGAUUCGUUGCAGAGUUGCUUACAGACUCUCCAAGAAAGCCUUCUUCUUGAUGAUCAACCCCAGGAUCUAUCUUCUCAUGAUUCCACGCUAAUUAAUGCGUAUCAUCACCAAGCAUCAUCGCUACUUAAUUAUCCGAGUAGUAGCACCGAGAGUUGUGUCGAUGAUGUAUCCACCACCACCACCACCACGUCGAUGAAUCAUCCGCAGAGCAAGUUCUCGAUCUUGUUGUAUAACCACGACGAUGGUACGUUCACUCAGUUAGCCAACUCCUCUGCUCUUCCAAGCUUUGAACAAGAGCCGCAGAUUCCGUGUGAUCAAGAUUACGGUUACUUGGAUUUACUGCUUGGGGAGCAAGGCAUGAGAGGCUGCAACAACUUUGAUCUUCUUCCCACUACGUCAUCAACCAUUCUUCCUUCUCCUUCUCUCUUAGGUCUCAAGAACAGAUAGUUUGACUUUGCGUCAACACUUUUUUUAUUAUUAUCUUGUGUCUGUUUGCUAUUAUUGUCAAUCAGCUGGACUAGGAGGAGGUUCUAAUUUCAUAACUGUGUUCUUUUGGCUUGAGUAUAG